UAAGAACCCUUAGUACAAAAUCUAACAUCUCUCUCCCUCUUUUUCUGAGUGUUUGUGUCUCUCUCUCCCAAUGCUGCAUUGACCCGUUAUCCUGGCGGCAGCAUCAUGACCUACCCAUGGUGCAGCGCUUCUCUGCCCCCUGGCCCUUUCCUCUGCCAGCCUGACUAAACAUCAGAGAGCGAGAGGGAGUCAGUGCACCCAUGGGCCUCACCCGAGUCAUGUUAGUCUCCUCAUCCUCAUUAUGUAAUAGAACAAUACUGUGUGCGUUUAUUUUUCGAUUUAUUUCUCAUCGGCAGAGAAACUUCAUUAUCACCAGCAGUGAUACACGUCACUGUGAAUGUAGCAGAGGUAUCCAAAGACUCAUUUUUAUCUCUUGACCCUGGACAGAGUUCACAGGAGCUGCAAACUAAUUAUAUAAUAAAGAUGUGUUAUACAAAAAGAGAGGGAGGCAGAGAGAGAGAUCAAACUCAAAUCACCUCUGUCACCUGGACAUUAAAACAGAUUUAUGAAACACAUGCAACCAAAAGACUAAAUAUGUUUGGACAAAGCUUUUCCAGGCUUCACAAUCCUGACAAACAAUGAGAAGCCCUUUGUUCUGUUGGUGGGAGACGGCAUGUCCGGGCUCGCUGCAGGCAAAUAUUGUAGCUGCUUCCUCUGCUGCUCUUAAAGGUCAAAAAUGAUACCAGAAAAUCAUCUGAGGUAAUGCUCAGUUGUGUUUUUGACUGCAGUUUUAGUGUUGUGUGUGUGUGUGUGUGUGUGUGUGUGUGUGUGUGUGUGUGUGUGUGUGUGUGAGGGGCAGCAGCAGACACAUUGUAUAAACUCGAUCCUCAUCAUCGGAUUACAGCUCUGUAAUCUCUGCAAUCAUCCAUGUGGCGGCAUUUACCAUCAUAUCAUCAUCCUCCUACUACUGACACACACACACACACACAAUCCCGUCCUGUGUUUUUCAUCCUACAGCUUAACACCAUAAUUUAUUGAUUACAUUUGUAUUGUCUCAUUAUCAGCUUGUCAGGUAUAGCUGCUCAUUAUGACACUCAACAUCAGCGUUUAACAAACUUACACCUUUCAAUGCAUUAAGGCUGGUGCAGCGACAUAUUUCUCUCUUAGAAACUCUAGUGUGGAGGUUUUUGUAACCACACAUUAUUUCUGUCUCUUCUCAGUUGAGCCUCCAGCCAGCCCCUUCACAUAGACAAAAAUCAUUUAUUACAAUGUAUAAUCAGACAUGACAUCAUGCAAAUAAAAAUGAAUUUCCAUUGAGAUCUGGCUGAAUUAUGUGAUGUCAGUUUUGGAUUUCAUCCUGCUGUUGUUCCAGCCGAGCUGAAAGGUCAUUUGUGGUUCAUUUGUUGCUCUGCAGAUGUAGGGGAUCAGGGGGCGAAUGUACGAUAGCAAACUCCCAGCCCACAGGGAUUACAGUGCAGUGUUGUCCUACAGGUUAUAUUUAGCAGGCUAGCAGUCAUACUACACAUUGUGGUCGUCCUGCUGAGCCGGGCCAGGUUCACUCAGCUCAGUGUUGGUGUCACUGCAGGGAUCAGUGCAGAGAAAAUCCACUGAGGUUUCAUAACAAAGUGCCAACAGCCAAUCAAAGCUGCUGUCAGGCAGAGCUGCAGUGAUAGCUCAGUUAAUGCCUCAGCAGCCCUGACAUUCCACAGAUGAGUGGGGGAAGCACACUGGUUGUGGAUAUAUGUGAAUACAUGUUAGAGAUUUCUUCAGUGGUCAGUCAGAUUUGUAUUCAUAAUACAACCAUUUGGUGUCAAAGAAACUGGCUGGCUUACUAGCUGAAAAAGAAUUGUUAAAAACUAUAUAUUAUAUGAUCUGUUUUUAAAGUAUCUAAAACUAAUAAUUAUAUUCAUAAUCUCCGGCAGGAGCCUGCAAACAGAGGUGGGGAGAAAAACUGUUUAUGGGUGUGCAACCAUAUCCUGCCAUCCAAUGUAAUCUUUCAUCACUGGAUACCAUAAUAUUUAUUGUGUUUCAACUCUUUUCAGAUGACGGUUUUUGUAUACAUUAUUAUGGAAGAGGUUUUGAUCAUUGUUUUGUCUCUUUUCUGUUUGGCAGCCCUCCCCAACCAGUUUAUCUUUAUUUAAGCUAAACAAGAGAAGUAAUUUGGCAGUAAUUAGAAGUAAUUUGAAUAAAAAUAAUAUAAAAUUAAUGUCACUAUAAUGACGGAAUUCUUUGUGAUGGUACAUUCUAGUUUAUUUACAUGUUUCUAACGAUAUCUACACUUUACAGCGUGGCCAACUCCUCCCCUGGCCCUAGACGUCAUUACGUAUUCCCGUCUGGGCCAAUGAGAGCGCAGGAGGUCGUAAAGCGGUCUCGCGCCGGGUAAAAGGGAUUUGACAGUUGCAGGUCUCGAGCUGAGCCUACAGUUGACUUCCUCAGUGGGACAGAGACCAUGGCGGCGGCUGCUGCCUGCGGCCAGCACAGCGCUACGUUAACGGUCGCCGUUAGCGGCAAGAAAGCACAUCCUAACAGAGAACACAGUCGGAGGAACCGGGAGAACUCUCGCCGGAGACAAGCGGCUCUUUUGUUUCUCAGUAACAUCUCUCUGGACGGGCGGCCAGUGCAAAGUAACUCAGCUGAGAAUGGAGGAAGCUGUCACAACAAGGAGACCGACUUAGAAGGAGCCGAUUCCGGCUCAGCGGUGGCGGCAGUGGCCGGGUUGUGCCCGGAGCUAGGUAACAAUAGCAGCUACGGGACGUUCCCCAGUUUGUCCGCGUCCGUGAGCUGUGGGAACGUCAGUCCCUCCCCGGUGCCGAGGACAGGUCUCCUCAACGUACCGCCUAUCCUCGUCCUGCCGUCGGACACGGGGUUCAACGAUGUGGGGAGCGCGGAGGUGCUGCUGGGGUGCCGCAGAGGUUCGUUCCCUUCACCGGGGAACAGCAACCUGCUCUCACCGUCCCCGUCCAACACCAGCCUGCUACCGUCGCCGCUGGGACCGCGGAAGUCCUCCACGCUGCUGUCAGUUCAGAGCUGUAACUCGGUGUCCUCAGAGCCGAGACAAAGGACUCGUAAUCUCUCUGGUGGUUCUCCCAGACCUCGACACACCAAGAAGAUUCACUUCAUCAAGAAUAUGAAACAGUACGACACGAGAGGCAGCAGGAUCGUGUUGAUCUGUGCUAAGAGGUCUCUGUGUGCUGCCUUCUCUGUCCUUCCCUACGGAGAGAGCUUCUACCUCAGUGACCCUUCAUUAAACCACCCGAGGAGGAGACACUCAUCUGGGAACAUCUCCACCACCCUGGAGAUGCUGCCGGGGCUGGAAGGCUUCCAGCUGGAGACCUACGGCAGGUCGGUGUCGUACGCCCAGUUCCUGUACCCCACUAACGCUCUGGUGAGGCAGAAGCCGUCGUCAGCCAGUGACCUGACGCUGCAGAUCCCCGUCUCCAGGAGCACACACAGCAUGCCGGGCAGGAGCUACCCACCCAGCAGGCUGAACAGCACUGUGGGACUGGACUUAGGUCUGGACGAUAUGGGCGACUACGACCCUAACCUCCUCAGUGACCACCAGUGGCCUUGUGGGAAACACAAGCGGGUGCUGAUCUUUGCCUCCUACAUGACCACAGUUAUAGAAUACGUCAAACCGUCUGAUCUGAAGAAAGACAUGAACGAGACGUUUAAGGAGAAGUUUCCUCACAUUAAACUCACUCUCAGCAAAAUACGGAGUCUGAAGAGAGAGAUGAGAGUCGUUGGGGAGGACUGUGGCCUGCAGCCUGUCACUAUCGCGAUGGCGUUUGUCUACUUUGAGAAGCUGGUGCUGCAGGGUCGACUCAAUAAACAGAACAGGAAGCUGGUGUCAGCUGCCUGCAUCCUAUUGGCUGCUAAGAUCAGCAGUGACCUCAAGAAACAGGAGGUCAAACACCUCAUUGAUAAGCUGGAGGAGCGUUUCAGGAUCAGCAGGAGGGAGCUGAUCUCGUUUGAGUUCACCAUCCUGGUCGCUCUGGAGAUGGCGCUCUACCUCCCUGAGAGUAAAGUCAUGCCACAUUACAGACGGCUGGUGCAGCAGCAGCAGUUAUAGCAGCGCCAGUUAUAGCAGCGCCUGGCUUCAUGGCACAGCGGCACAGCGAUCCCUCCACCCGGGGACUCUCUCAGCACCUUUUCAGCUCCACACUGUGACGGACGGAGCUUUGUGGCGCCUGGCUCAAAGGCUCAGAGGCACAGAGGAAUCUCCCUCCUCCUCUCUGCUCACAGGGCAGACACCAAAGUUCAGCCACGCCGUCACGGUAGUACGACAGCAGGCCUGGUAAUGCCUGGCUCUACGGCCCAGAGAGCAACAUCACUUUCUUUCCUCUGUCCAACACCAAAGUGACGACACACUGUGAUUGAGGGUUUAGCAGCACAGAAAUCACCAGAGGUCAAAUUCAUCACAAAUCAUGUCUCACCUACAGAAAAUGAUGCUUUUUUAAAAGCUGAUUUUCACAUCAGUCAUUUUUGUUCUUUUGCAGAGAUUUUAGACUCAACACGGCUCCUGUUUGUUUGAUGAAACUUGUAUGAAGAUCAGUUUGGUUAAACUGGAGUUUUUGUAAAGCUGUGUUCAACAGUUUUGAGUUCUCCUUUCUAAAAUCUCUGCAGUUGAGUAACAAAAAAAAAAAAAUCACUCAAAGGUUUCCCUUCAGGUUUUACCACUGCACUUUUACCCUGUUACAACAUUUUUAAAGGACAGUGUCACAUUUUUUCAAAUCUGUGUUAAAACAAAACUAAACAUUGAAACUAAUUUUAGCUCAAAAUUUCCUCUUUUUUCUCUUACUAACACUGGAAACAGGAAGAGAGAAUGUUAGACUAAAAAAGGCUUUAACACUGGGAGAUAUCCACUUGAUUAGUUACUGUAACUCAGACUAACUGAAGCUAAACUUGGUGGACAGAUUUUGUCUCCCAUCACUUUCAUUAAAGGAUCAUUUUGGCAUCUCACAGACAUUAGAAACGAUUACAACAAGCAGAACCUGUUCCAGCGAACAUACUAGCAUCUGACUUUAAGACAGACUUGAAAAACUGCGAACUUGUCCUUUACACGGCUCUAACCACACCUGUGUCAGCCUGUUCAAAACAAACCGACUGAAACAUGUUGUAGUGACAGUUCUGCAGUGAAAAACAGAACUUAACUGACAAGUUAAGGUCAAACUGUGUUUCAGUAAUGGUUUUAAGACUGGCAGAGAAUGGUAAAAUAUGGUGUAUUACAAUAGCGUAUGAGCAGAGGUGCCGUUUUCUAAGAUUUUCAAACUCACAGCCAAUCAAAGUGCUGCCUUAGGCUCUCCACAGGUUCCAUUAUCCUCAUUUUUCAAGUUCUCUCCAGACCUCUGUUUGCUUUAGGUUCUUAUCUUAGGUUGAACCUAAAUUUAAGUGUCCGUUUUAGUCUAAAACUGCUGUGUCAUGUUUGGAGUUCACCGCUGUCAGCCAAAGUCUCUGAGACUGUGAUGAUGAAGAAACUGGCGAGGAAACGUAUUAUUUUGGUUUAAAUGUGCUGACAGUCACUGAAACACGAUCAUGAGUUUUGUGCAUUCGACAAUCGUUUUGCUGCAUCUUAAAUCAACAGUGCUGAGUGUUUUCAGCAGCUGUAGCAAAGAUGUAGAGUUAUUAAUGAGUGGAAACUAAAAUUGGGAAAUGUGUUGGGAGGUUGUGGUGACAGUAGUUCCUCCUGUAUCUUGUGCUCAUCCUUUUUCCACCGGUCAGAUUCAGCUUGAUUUAAUGAAGUAGUCCUGAUGCCACGUCCUUCGUUUUCACUGAGCUGUCCGAACUUCCAGCCAGCCGUCAGCUGGUUUCCUCCCCCCUCACUCGCUUCACGGCUCCGUCUGUCUUCUCUCAUCGUUACUUAAUUUAACAGGAGAAGGUUCACUGGGUUUCUGUGACAUUUCUCAGCAUCAGCCAGUUUUACACUCACAUACUGAGCUGCUGUCUGAAGCUCGGCUGGAGAGGUUGAGGCGUUAAAGUGCCUUGCCUAAGGGCACCUGAAGUGUAGUCGGUCAGGAAGAGGAGAGUUGUUCCUGUUUUACCCACAAAAAUGUUCCCCUUGGAUCCAGGCAUUCAAACCAGCUACUUAAUCCUCACUUCCUUCUCGCUCCCAUGUUGUCGUCCCUCCUCCUGAACGAUCAGCAGACUGCUGCUCGCUCUGGUGGUCACAGAGAAGCAGUGCAUCCUUUGGAGAAUCACUGAUCGAGAGGAAAAGCACUCAGAUCACACUAGCAUGGAUGAAAACGACACUGGUGUUGUCUCUGUGGCAUCCUGGAAAGUUAGUUUCCCUCUCCGUCCUGCCCUGUGUCUCUGAGGUCACAAACACUGUGUCCUGUUUCAAGAGUCCGUGUCUGUUACUGUAAAGUGAAAAACACUGAAGCAGGCAAAACCCGACUCGUUCCAAGAGACUUUGAGAUCUUUUUAACUGAUCUACAGUUCAGCAUUACUCUGACUCCAGCAGUUUAAGCUGCUGACUAUCACUCAGUUAGAGGGAGAUCGUACCUGUUCACCUAAGUUACACAGAGGAACAACAGGUGUUCAGGGCGCAGCUCUCCCCCUGUUACAAGUGGGUGUAGUAUCAAAUGAUCGUGACGUCUCAAACAGGUAGAAGUCAUAACGAUACUCAGUCCUGCAGCAACUGAAGCUCAGCUAACGUCACAUCACAGCAGAGGCAGGCUGGAUUGGUUUUAAUAUCAGUCCAGCGCCCAGUUUCCAAUGUGUUAGACGUCCGAUUCAGAUUCAGUAUAUCAGCAUCUAAUUUGAGCUGAAACAGUAAGUCAAAUUAAACAAUGGAAAAUAUUGAUCUUCUUUGAUAAAGAACUAAAUAUCUGGGUUUUAUGGGCUUUAAAAAUUGUGAUGGGCAUUUUUCAGAUGUUUUGAAGGUCAAAUGAUUGAUCAGUGAAUUGAGAAAAUUAUUGAAAGAUUAAUCAGUAAUGAAAAUAAUCGGUUGCAGCUCUAGUUUAUUUUUUUUGCAUCAGUGAGAGUCAGUGCAGAAACACAAAACAUGGCGGCUGUAAGAGAGAAAAGUUACAAGAAGCUUGUAAUGACUGACUGUUUCUCAGCCGUUGCCAAACUUAAACAAGAGGUAACAGCUUGUUAAGGUGGACUGUAAAGACAUUACUCAUGUUAAACAGAAGAAACUCACUGUGGCUGCAGACGUCCUCAUUCUGUCUGCACUGUGAAGGAACAUCAUAACUACCAAAAAGACCUUUCUGUUCAGGAACUACCUGAGAAAAACUACUUUCACUCAAAUAUUAUUUAUUCUGUUUUCACUGCGUCAUAAAGCGAUGAACAUUUAACCAAGCAGAGGCUGCUAACAGGAUGUUUGUGACUGUUUCUCCUCCACGUUCCAGCACUAAAGUCAAAUAAAAAGGAGAAACAUUUUACCUGCUUUAUCCAGGAACAUAAAAUAAUAUAUGUAUUUUCUUUUAAAACCAUUGGUUACUGGCGGCCAUGUUGGAGGUGACAUGACAGCACAAACAUUCUCAGUAGAGCCUCUGUUGUUUUUGCACUUUGCCUUUUUGCUUCACAAUCCUGAAUCUUUAUCACUAAGUAACAAGGGUAAUAAUAUUUUUCUACAUGUGAAGUAUCUUAUUGUAUAAUUGUAUAUUGAGAACUGACCGAGUCACUGAAAUUUAUUUAUUGCUAGUGAUCCUCCUGAUAAAGGAUCGUGUUGUAAAUUGUCAGAGCUGAAGUUGUAAAAACUUCACACGAGAGAAAUUCAAGAUAAACUUUAAAACACGAUCCUUCAUCUUGAGGUUUCACAUCAAUGUUCUUCCACACAUGUUAUUUUCUCUCGUGUGUUAAACACUCUUGUAUUUUGGAGUCAGGGUUCAUCUGUACCUGAGCGUCAGAGCAGGAGAGCUGAUGAUGUUCGCUUUAGAGAUAUAUAUAUAUUAUUUUCAAAUGCAUUAUAUUAAAAAAAUUCUCUCUGUGACUGGGAAAAGUGAAAAGGAAUUAAGACAGCCAUGUUGCAUCUUUUAACCUGCAAUGCUGAACUGUCAUAUCUCUCCUCUGGCAGGAGAGCGUGUGAGUGUUUGUGACAUUUACCUCGCCGUCGUUCGCUUUCUAUUUUAGACUUCGAGUUUCUUUUUUAUCUGGAGCAUCAGAAACUUUUCUUGGGUGCCUCCUUGGUUUUUCCACUGUAGGCGCCCAUCUUCAGCUCCGGCAAAGCAGUCGCUGCUGCUUGAAAUAUAUUAAAUGCAUCACUAUGGUGCACCAGUGUAGGAAUGUCGCCACAGACUCCAGAUUAAAAACUCCUCUAUACUGUGAUGUAUGAAGAGAUUGACCUGGCUCUGACAGGCUAAAUCAGAACUGUUUGUUCUUGUUUAGCAGCGAGGGUUUGAACGUAACAGACGUUCAUUGAUAUGUAAAAGUCCUGCACUCCAGCUCUAAGAAACAUAGCAGUGACAAAUGUAUUUUUUGUUUAAUGUUUAUUUGACAGGGACAGAUGUGGUAUACAGAGAAACCUGCACAACAAGUGUCCAAAGCAUCACAGCACAACCUGUUUAGCACAAAUCAAGGUGUGUAAUUGGCAGAGGUUUCAUAUCAGAGAUGUUAUGAUGAUAAUUUAACCCUGGAAAAAAAACAUGAUGCAGACUUGAUGUUCACUCUGAUGAAUUACACAACUAAAGCAAGUCUCCAGUUGAUUUUUACACCGUACAGAAAGUAAACCAGCUUCAAAGGAAAGAAAAUACUCGCUCAGAAAACAUGAAAUUCCACAGCACAGAUUGGAAAAUGGUCAGCACAAGUAUGAAUAAUACAUUAUUUGUAGGUAAGGAACUAAAACUUGCAUGUUUUUUUAAAGACGGGGGUUGAGGUUUCAGUUUUGGGUCCAUGCAGAACUUUAGUUUCAAAAAGUUUCCCAAUCAGGCCUCUUUUUUUUUCUCUCCUGCUCUGACAAAGCUGGUAAAGAAGAAUCCUCACGCUCCACAGUUUGCACUGACACACUUCUGAGCAGAGUCGUAUAUUGAAACUGUUAUUUUAGCAAAAUCAUCUAAAGGAAGAAGUGGAUUUUGCCAAUAAACAGCAGGACUUCCUUUGUUCAGGUUGAUCAAAUGUGAAAGAUGCUAAAAGAAGCUUUUCAUCAGACAACAUGAUAAAUAUAAGACUCUGCUUCAGAGUAGAAACAGCACACGUUCUUCCAAAGUCGUCUUCUCUACAUUAGAGAUUUGUGAUAUUGAUUCUAUGCAGCUUUUACUCUGUCAGCAGACCUUCAUCCUCCUCCUCCUCCUCAGUGCGUUUACCUUUAAUGUGCCACAGCGUGUAUUUUUACCCACACUCCUUUAUUUAAACCUCACAUACACAUGUUGUUUUUAGUUUUUGUAUUAAGUAAUUAUUAUUUUAUUCUUCUUUGAGCACUGUAAAAGGCUAUAAAGGGAAAUAUUUACCAAGUGUUUGUCUUCCAUUUAUAAUUAUUGUUUUUACAUUUUAAGUUAAUUUAAUUUUUAUAUUAUUUUUUGUUUUUUAUUUAAUCGACAACAUGGACGAGCAGCAUCGCAGUCAAGGCAUCACAAUGUAAGUCUGUUAAUAUUAUUUAUGUUGUUUUUGUUGCCACUUUUGUUUUAAAACACCUGUAGUGAUCCUUAACAGACGUCAAUGAUGUUAAAUGGGGUUAACUUGUUAAUAUAUUUUGUAGCGUAAAGUUUAUCUUCAUCGAUAUCAGCCUGCUCGCAGUGUCUUAUACCAGCUACAGUGUAAACAGCUGCUGUUUAUAGUGUGGUCAGGUACACUGCAGGUCACGUGGGAGGAGAACUGAAAAUAUUUAUAGUAAUAUUUUGUAAAAGAUAAAGAGCAUUUACUGUUUAAGCUGCCAAUGUUCAAUUCAUGUCAAAUUUAUUUUCAUUAAAAUAUGUAAUUUA